AUGCGGUCGUUCAGAAUGCCUCAACAGACCUUGAAUAAUUUCUACUCAGGGGGUGAAAGCCAGCAGCAGCAGCAGCAGCAGCAGCAGCAAGGCAUCAACUAUGUGGUGGGCUAUUCACCAUCAUCAUGGUCAGAUCUACCCCUUGAUGAAAUUAUUGACUUUGAUGAAUUAGUAAACAUACCUUCUCAAGCAAUACUCAACGAUCAAGACAAUCACUCAGUAGCAGCAGCAGUAGCCUCAGUAGGUUGCCACGCAGUGACUGAGCCGUCGACAUUGUCACAGUCACUUCAGUCAACCAUUCAUGCGCAACCAACACAGCAGGCGCUGCAUCUGUAUCAAUCAAGCAUUCAGCUACCACAACCACCACCACCACCGCCGACAGAACUGGCACAACCAACACAGCAGGUGCCGCAUCUGUAUCAAUCAAGCAUUCAGCUACCACAACCACCAACACCACCGCCGACAGAACUGGCACAUGUAACGGUUCCACCCAUAGUCAUAUCUACGGGGGGUUACGUGCAGACAACUGGGCCUACCGAGACUGACGUGUCUGAUGACGUCGGAGCCAGUCUGGGGAACCCUGAAGUAUCGCAUAGGCCAGACACACAGGAGACGCACAAGGCCAGCCUGAAUCUACAACCAUUGACUACUAUAUGCCACGGAGAUGUGAUUGAUCAAAACAAUCUGAACACUCCUGACAAGACUCAGAUACCUUCGACAUCCUCGCAGCCGGCUAAAAGAACCAGGAAACGUAAACACACGAACACGGAUUCAAGUAUUCCUGAAGAAAGGUCAACUGUGGCCAGUGCAGGGCCACUGCAAGAUCUACAACAAUUCACAACUAACAUCAGAGCAUAUUGGCCCCAGCGAGCAUCGGGAGUCAACAGCAGCAGCAGCAGCAGCAGCAGCAGCAGCAGCACGUCGACCGAUGUGGGGAGAAAGGUGAUAACACCAAAGCGUCCUAAACGCGGGGUCGGAAAGGGGAAAAAUUUGUGGUGGAAUAGAUCUACCCAAUCGCAUGAGAAUAAUGUUUCUAGACAACAGUCACAACAACAACAACAACCACGACCCUUACAGCAACACAACAUCAAUGUGAUGCCGGUUGUGAAAAAACCUAAACACAAAUUUGUAUCUGGGAUGAAAGAUUUACGCACGCUGGUUCAGUCUGACAAGCCAACAGGCAAUCACGUAGCAGUCCAAACAGAUUCCCACAGAAUCACACAGUCGUUUAGCACCGAGAGAGCUGUCAAGCAAAUCCUAGCCAAGAAUAUUGAAAAUCGUUCUAUGUUAUCAGAUGUCGGAAAAUAUGCUAAUGAUGUGUUGACAACACCUCUUCAGGACAUAUUGAACUCUAUACAGAACAACCUGGCAAUCAUCGCAACAGCCAAUAUGAACAACUGUGACAUAAACGAUGAUAUGGUACCAGCCACAGGAUUAACAGUCGAUAAAAUUCUCAGAUUCAUGCCUAGAUAAUAAUAAGAAUGCAGGACUAUUAUCUACAACGAUUCAGUGUAUCGCAAUCCUUUUAGUAGUCUGGUUCUACGUAAAAUACUUUUGAGAAAUUGUGUAGAAUUAUUGACUAGUUUUAUAGACCCUAGACAUAGUUUUUUUUUAAAUAUAGGCUAUAGACUUUAUAGACCUAGGUCUAUAUCACCUAUCACAUUUAUUGUUAUGUUUUCAUGUUUGUUUAUUGUUUUUCAUAUUGUUCAUGCUUUUUCUUUUUUUUUUUUUCUCACACUUUCAAAAAACCCCUAUAAUACACAAUACUACAUUGCUAUAACUCCAUAUAGGUCCAUAUAUAGGCCUAUCCUAUAUUCAUUGUAUGAGUUUUUUUAAAUAAAAAUGGAUUCUUCCAAUAAUCUAACCAGUGACGAUGAAUUGUAUGUAGAUAGUCUAACAGAGGCUGCAGCUAUGUUAAGCAGACCUAGUGGUGGUGAUGAGAUGUUUGGUUCAGAUCAACAAGGCCCCAUUCAACAUGUCAGCAUUUCUCAGGCCUUACAGAUUGUAGAAGGUCGCAUAGACCAGAUGUACGGCAACUCUAAGUCUAAUAGUGGUACCCUAGGGAGUGGGAGGACACUGUCACAAGGAGGGGGGUCUCUUAGACCAGAACACGCACCUCCGGAGUUGAGCGAUGCUAUUUUGCAAAGACUCGUCCGACGUGGUGGCGACUAUGGUCCAUAUCAAGUACUGAGCAGACCGCGCUUUAACAGUUUAACAAUUCAGAGACAGCUCAGUUUCAGAGACGCACCAACCACAGAUUUCGAAACAUACACAAGGCAUAUCCACAACACAAUGAACAACGCAGUCCAGUUUUCUAGGACCCUGGCAGGCGAGGACUCUGUUCUAAAUAUAUCCAUACAAGGAGGGUCUUUAGCCACACCGAUUAAUUCCCUUUUAUAUCCCUCACAGGGAGACGGUGCUGAUAAGAUAUUAUCAGAAUUUGAAAAAGUCUUGCAAAGCAACGAGGCAGUUCAAUCAUCUGAUAACUUACGGAUGACCAUAACAGCAGCCAGGACACAAUCGGGCGGUGCACGCAGGAAAUUAUCUGACUAUAUGCAUGACGAGUUAAUUCGUAAGAAGCGACUCCAGCUUUUCCAUCCCCCUAAUACAGGGAAUGCGUUAUGUUUCAGUUACUGUUUAGCCCAUGCCCUCUCAC